AUGAUACAAGCCAUCCGAAGAGAUCCGAGUAUCAUCGCAGACAUCAAUGUUGAAAGCCAGACUAAAGCAAAAAUCCCUAGAAACCUUGAUUAUCCGUAUUUGGUUUCAUUUUGUAGAUUGCAUAAGAUUCGUCCUCUGGUAACUGCAACACGAGAACCAUUCAAGAAGUAUUACGAGCCUGGAAAAUGUCAAAGUAUUGAUGAAGGAAUGGUGAGAUACAAGGGGAACCAUUACGCCCGUCAGUAUACUCCAUGCAAGCCAAAAAAAAGAGGACUGAAGAUAUGGAUGCGUUGUGAGCCCAAUGGGUACACACAUGAUUAUAUACUAUACCUUGGUCGAUAUGAUGAAAUGCAAGGUCAAAGCCUAGGAGAGAAAGUAGUGAAACAUCUAUGCAAGGAUAUCAAGUGGAAAGGUCAUCAUGUCUUCUUUGACAGAUUUUUCACUUCAAUCCCCCUGGUCCAAUCCCUAGAAACCUAUGGGAUAUAUGCCUGUGGAACAAUCAAGACCAACAGAAAGGGGUUUCCCAUAGAAUUGAAAAACCCUAAGUUAGAACGUGGAGAUGCACAACAACUGCAACAUGGAAACAUGGUCCUUACAGUGUGGAACGAUAAUAAACCAGUGCAUGUAUUGUCCACCACAUUAAAUCCGCUGGGAGAUGAGCCUGGGUUUUUGGAGAGUGACAACCAACA